UCCCCACUCACCCCGCCACCCCUGCUCAGCCCUUGGCUUUCCCCCGGUGGUCUUGCCAGCCCCUCCAGAAGCAGCCCUGCUCCCGCCCAGCCCACCGGACCCACCGCAACUCAUAACAUCAAAACAUCAUCAACAUCACUAUCAUCACUUUUGUGAUCUCUGUCAUCACUGGCAUCAUCAUGACCAUUAUCAUGGUAAUCAUCACCAUCAAACCUACCAUCACUGUCCGCACCACUAUCACCACCAUCAUCACUGUCCCCACCACCAUCACCAUCAAUAUCCUCACCACCAUCACUGUCCCCACCACCAUCACCAUCACUACCACCACCACCACCACCAUAAUUACCACCUCCAUCACCACCACCAUCACCAUCACCACCACCACCACCACCACCAUCACCACCACCACCACCAUCACCAUCACUGUGACCACCACCACCACCAUCACCGCCACCAUCACCACCACCACCAUCACCAUCAAUAUCCUCACCACCAUCACUGUCCCCACCACCAUCACCAUCACUACCACCACCACCAUCACCAUAAUUACCACCUCCAUCACCACCACCAUCACCAUCACCACCACCACCGCCACCACCAUCAUUGCCACCACCACCACCACCGCCACCACCAUCACCAUCAAUAUCCUCACCACCAUCACUGUCCCCACCACCAUCACCAUCACUACCACCACCACCAUCACCAUAAUUACCACCUCCAUCACCACCACCAUCACCAUCACCACCACCACCGCCACCACCAUCACUGCCACCACCACCACCACCGCCACCACCAUCACCAUCAAUAUCCUCACCACCAUCACUGUCCCCAUCACCAUCACCAUCACCACCACCACCGCCACCACCAUCAUUGCCAGCACCACCACCACCGCCACCACCAUCACCAUCAAUAUCCUCACCACCAUCACUGUCCCCAUCACCAUCACCACCACCACCAUCACCAUAAUUACCACCUCCAUCACCACCACCAUCACCAUCACCACCACCACCACCACCACCAUCACUGCCACCACCACCACCACCGCCACCACCAUCACCAUCAAUAUCCUCACCACCAUCACUGUCCCCAUCACCACCACCACCACCACCACCACCAUCACCACCACCACCAUCACCAUCAAUAUCCUCACCACCAUCACUGUCCCCAUCACCAUCACCACCACCACCAUCACCACCACCACCACCACCACCAUCACCACCACCACCGCCACCACCAUCACCGCCACCAUCACCACCACUGCCACCACCAUCACCAUCACCACCACCACCACCACCAUCACC